CUCAUCUUCAAGUUCAAAGUGACAUCCUCCGUCAGGUUGUCUCUGCAAUUGUUUUCUGACGAAAGUACCCUCCGUCUUCCUUAAAAUCUCCGAAAGCCUCUCUCCCGAGUCCCACCUGUGUCUUCUCAGUUUUAGAUUCUUAAACUGUAGUCAAAGAUCCUCUGCUACUCCUAAUUUCCGGAGCUUUGCACCUCACUUUCUUCUCGUUCGUUUUUUUCUCUUGUCUUCGCUUUUCUUGCCAUGGUUCUCGGUUACCAGCUUCACAUACACCGACGAUAAUCCGCAUGGAUUUGAUCGAAGGCACGGGAGAGAGCUCGUCGCCGCCUCCAUUCUUCGCCGGCGGUUUUAGCGGCUACGAUAUACGGAACGACGUGUACAACCGGUUGGUCGAGAGUCAACUCGAAGAGGUCGUCUCUAAUCCUGACUAUCGCGACCUCUUGGACGCUCACUUUAAUCGGUUGCCUCCUAGUUAUGGACUUGAUGUAAAUAUGGAUAGAGUGGAAGAUGUUCUGUUACAUCAAAAGAUUCUUGCAUUAGCAACAGACCCAAAGAAGCGACCUGUUUAUAACAUCCGUUUCUUGGAGAAUACUUGUAGUAGAACAGAUGGCGAUGAUGACCAGCAAUUUGUAAGUUCUUUCUCUAACUCGAGGUCAUCUUCUGAUGCUGCUAAUGAAGUAGUGCCAUCAGAAAAGAGGAGCGGAGAUUGUGCUAUUGAAUUUGAACCUUGCUCUAGGCUUGGGGACUUAAAUUUGGAUGCUAGAAGAAAUUCCAGAUCUACGGAUAACUUUUCCAGAAGGCAGGAAUUUCCACAUUUUCCUAUACAUGAAGUAAUAUUUUCAACCAUUGACAAGCCCAAGCUUCUUAGUCAGCUCUCUACAUUGCUUUCGGAUAUAGGACUGAACAUCCGUGAAGCACACGUGUUCUCAACAACUGAUGGCUACUCCCUAGAUGUAUUUGUGGUGGAUGGGUGGCCUUUUGAGGAUACAGAUGGUUUGUAUGAAGCUAUGAAAAGAGCAGUUGCUGGAAGCGAGGGAUCGUGGUCACGAUCUUCAAAUUCUCAAUCAGCUGUGGAAAAAGCAUUGUCAACAGAAGCUAACUCUGGAGAUUGGGAAAUAGAUAGAAAAUCAUUGACAAUAGGAGAAAGAAUUGCAUCUGGUUCUUGUGGAGAUCUGUAUCAUGGAGUUUAUCUUAGUGAAGAUGUUGCUGUUAAGAUUCUUAGAUCUGAACAUUUGAAUAAUGCUCUGGAGGAUGAGUUUGCUCAUGAAGUGGCAAUUCUAAGGGAGGUCCAGCACAAAAAUGUUGUCCAAUUCAUUGGUGCAUGUACAAAGCCUCCACAUUUGUGCAUCGUAACAGAGUAUAUGCCUGGAGGAAGUCUGUAUGAUUACCUGCAUAAGAAUCAUAACAUCUUGGAACUUCCUCAGCUCUUGAAGUUUGCAGUUGAUGUCAGUAAGGGAAUGGAGUACUUGCAUCAAAACAACAUAAUCCAUAGGGACCUGAAGACAGCAAAUUUGCUAAUGGACACUCACAAUUCAGGUAAAGAGAGGCAAGGCUUUAGAUCUUUUUUAAAAAAAAAAUUUGUUUUUUUUGGUCUCAAGGUUGUUAAGGUGGCAGAUUUUGGGGUUGCUCGAUUCCAAACUCAAGGGGGAACAAUGACAGCAGAGACGGGAACCUACAGAUGGAUGGCACCUGAGGUCAUAAAUCACCAGCCAUAUAAUCAGAAAGCAGAUGUAUUCAGUUUUGCCAUAGUCCUGUGGGAGCUAGUGACUGCCAAGAAUCAAUAUCAGCUGGUUUCAUCCAUAAUGAAAGCUUUGCUCCAAGAAGAGGAGCAGCCGGAGUUCAUCAAGUCCUCCCAUGCUGGAAAUAGAGCAUAUUUGGCUCAAAGAUGCUCCAUUAGUUAUGGUUGUAUUUGGUUUGGCCCUCGCAGAGUAUGGUGGUGGAGGUCAUUUCAGCUUUAUAAUUAUUCUGGAAGGAAAGGAUUUGGGGAAGAAAUGAGAAAGGCCUCAAUUUUUCUUCAUUUGCAUUUUGGUAAUGGUAUUAGAGCAGGACAUGACAUUACAUACAUUAACUCUAUAUUGUCUGGCUUGAAUAUUGUAUCCUUGAAGAACCUUUUGAAAGGGAUGACUGACAUGGUAGAAGGUCAAUCGUAAGCUGCUUGCUGCUAGGAUUAGGGCAGUUCCUGCUGAGAAAUCAUGGGGUGUUUUGAGCACAAGAGGAUUGUCAGCUUCAUUUUCUGAUUUGCAAAUUGGAAGUUCCUUUACUCAUCAACCAAGAUUUGUGACGAUUAAGGCUAGUUUGGAGAUUGUGAUACGAAGACCUCUAGUAAUUCAUUCCAUAUGGUAAGAAGCCAACUAAAAAUUUUUAGAAAAGGGAUAAUUUUCCAAACAAUGUGGACUCUAUGCUAGAGAUGUUGGAGGGGGAUUAGAUCUGAGCUUGGCUUCUCGAGGGGUGGCAAAGCUUGGGUGCUUUCUUAGCCCAAAUCAAUUGAGUUAAGAGAUCCAAGCUCGUUGGACCAUUUUUAGAUUUAAUGUGGGGCCCAAGAUUGGAGCUAAAUAUGAAAGUUGGGUCAUCUUCUAAGCCUACUUCCUUGGGUCAUAAGGAUUUUUCUUAAUAAUAAAGGGAAAGACCCAUACAAUGUGAA